CACUAGUCGACACGGAGCUAACUCGCUUUCAGCUACAGGUGGAACUGAAUGGCUGAAAGAAAACGGAUCGGUUACAUUAAGCGAAUUGAAUCAUUCAGUGCAGCUCACAGACUACAUAGUCCAUUCUUUACUGAUGAAGAGAAUCGCGCUUUGUAUGGAAAAUGCAAUCACGAAAAUGGACAUGGCCACAAUUAUAAACUUGAAGUAACAUUGAAAGGAGAGAUCGAUCUCAAAACAGGAAUGGUCAUGAAUAUCGCUGAUUUGAAAGUGAUUAUUAACGAAGUCAUUAUGAAACAACUAGAUCAUAAGAAUUUGGAUAAGGACGUUCCGUACUUUGCAAACUAUCCGAGCACUGCAGAGAAUAUUGCUGUCUAUAUUUGGGAUUGUCUAAUUGAACAUCUUCCAAUUCUCUACGAAGUUCUGUUAUACGAAACCGAUAAAAACGUAGCCAUUUACCGAGGCGAAACUAAUAACUAAUUAUAAC